AUGGACAGUAGCGACAACGACCAGGAAGGGUUCAGCAUGUUCUCGAAAAAAGCUCGGAUUGAGAAAACAAGCACAGGGACCGAGCAAACGGUUGAGAAAGUGCUUCCCAAGAAUUUGAGCGUAAAGAGUGUGGAGGACCGUCUUACCUUUGCUGAUCUUGGCCUAAAUGAGUGGGUAGUGAAGUGUGUCAAUUCCAUGCAGAUUACGCGUCCAACUCCUGUGCAGAAAUAUUGUAUCCCAGAAGUACUGGCUGGGAAGAAUGUGACGGGUGUUUCCGAAACGGGUUCUGGUAAAACGGCUGUGUUCGCCCUUCCCAUUCUCCAGCGACUCUCUACCGACCCUUAUGGGAUUUUUGCUGUCGUGCUGACUCCAACGCGCGAGCUGGCCAUUCAGAUCGACGACCAGAUGCAAGCCUUCGGAGCUCCCAUUCACGUUCGAACCACUCUCAUCAUUGGAGGUCAAUCCUUCGUAAAGCAGGCUGAAGCUCUGCGCAAGCGUCCCCACGUCGUUAUCGCGACUCCUGGCCGCUUCCUGCAACAUUUGAAAACAGCCGAUCCUCCCGUGACGAAACGCCUCGGCUUUAUCGUUCUGGAUGAAUGCGACCGCAUGUUGUCCGACUCUCUCAAAACCGAAGUCAGCGAAAUCGUGUCUCUGCUCAAAUCACGAUGUGUUACCCAUCCCCAGUUUCUCUUCCUCACAGCCACGUACGACGCUUCCGUUCGCUCCGAACUCGUCGAAUUCGCUGAAAUCGCUCACCCUCAGAAAUCGAUGGACAUCAUUCCCGACUACGAGUACAUUCCCGAAGCAUCCAAGCAGACAAACUCCACCGUGGACAGCCUCGACGAGUUCUAUCUCCUCACGCCCGACCACCAGUACGAACCGCGGUUCUCUCCCUCAAACCCAGUGAAUCCCCGCGAGGACGCCGAGGAAUCCGAGGAAGACGCCAAGAAACGCCUGCUGCACAAGGCCUCGGCCAUCGUUUUCUGCAAUACCUGCCGCAUGGUGCAGCUUCUCUCCGAGAUGCUCCGCGCAUUCCAGAUCGAGAACGUCCCGCUGCACUCCCUUCUCUCGCAGAAUCAGCGCGACGCGGCGCUGGCGAAGUUCCGGAACAACCGAACCGCGGUUCUGGUGUGCACGGACGUGGCGUCCCGCGGGUUAGACAUACCGCAAGUGGACUUGGUGACGAAUUAUGACCUCCCGAAAGACCCGUUCGAUUACAUCCACCGCGUGGGACGCACGGCGCGCGCGGGCAGGGCGGGAACCGCGGUUUCGUUCGUGACGCUGCCGAGCGUAGGGAAGCUGCAAGCGAUCGAGGCGAUGACCGGGAAGCGGUGCCGCGAGUUCGAAGGCGUGGAGGAGGAGAACGUGCUGAAGAUUCUGAACCGCGUGGGGAGGUCGCUGCGCGUGGCCAGACAGUUCAUGGUGGAGAACGGACUCGAGACCAAGAUCGAGGAGAGGAGGAGGAAGAAGAAGGAGCGCAGAGAGAGAGGAGAAACUGGAGAAACUGGAGAAACUGGGGAAACUAAGGAGAAGAAGGAGAGAAAGGGAAAGAAGGAAGGGGCGAAGGGAAAGAAGAAGAAGAAGUCCACGGCUGAAACGAGUGAAAAGUAG